CCCGCGCGCCGGCCUCCCCCGCGCGCCGCGCUCUCCAUUCAUAAAUCCGCAGCCACCGGGCGCCGGAGCCAGCCGGGAGCGCCGCGCAGCCGCCGCCCAUGGGCCGCGUGCCCCGGCGCUGAGGUUCCCCGUCCCAGCCUCAAAAUGCAGCCCACCGCCACCAUGGCCACUGCCAGUGCCACCACUGCCACGGUCGCCCUGACGUCGUCGUGGGAGAAUGCCACCGGUCGCCCCACGACUGAGCCCGACCCCAUCCUGGACAACUACGUGUUGCUGGUGGUGGUCACGUCGCUGUUUGUUGGGGGCACGCUGGUGGUGUUGUCCGGUGUCCUGCUGCUCUGCAAGCGCUGCUGGGAGGUCCACCAACGCUUCAACAGAGCCAUGGAGGAAGCGGAGAAGACCACGACCACCUACCUGGACAACGGCGCCCACCCGGCCCAAGAGCCCGACUUCAGGGCAGAGGACCCCGAAGGCCAGGACACUGAGACCGAGCGCUUCCUGUCCACCAGCGCCACCGGCCGCCGGGUCUCCUUCAAUGAGGCUGCCCUGUUUGAGCAGAGCAGGAAGGCGCCGGACAAGGGCCGCCGGUACACCCUGACAGAGGGGGACUUCCACCACCUGAAGAACGCCCGGCUCACCCACCUGCACUUGCCGCCCCUCAAGAUUGUCACCAUCCACGAGUGUGACUCUGGUGAGGCCAGCUCAGCCGCCACCCCCCACUUGGCGGCCACCCCCAAAAGCAGCCUCGCCAUCUUCCAGCCCCCGGGGAAGGCCCUCACCGGCCGCUCUGUGGGCCCCAGCUCCGCCCUGCCAGGUGACCCUUACAACUCGGCUGCGGGCGCUUCUGACUUUGCAGAGAUCAGUCCCUCCACAUCCAGCGACUCUGGGGAAGGCACCUCGUUGGACGCAGGUAUGCGGAGCACCAAGACCAGCGGGCCCGGGGCUGCAGCAGGGCCUGGGGAGGCGGGCGCGGGCUCAGGGGCGGGCACGGUGCUGCAUUUCUUCGCCCGCCUGCGCCGCCAUGCCAGCCUGGAUGGGGCCAGCCCCUACUUCAAGGUCAAGAAAUGGAAGCUGGAGCCCAGCCAGCGGGCGGCCAGUCUGGACACGAGAGGUUCCCCCAAGCGGCACCACUUCCAGCGGCAGCGGGCAGCCAGCGAGAGCAUGGAGCAGGAGGACGGGGACACCCCCCCCGCGGACUUCAUCCAGUACAUCGCCAGAGCAGGCAACGCCGCCGUGGCCUUCCCGACCCCCCACCCCUUUCUGGCCAGCCCCACCAGCCCGCCCCCCGCUCUCGGCAGGCUAGAGGCGGCCGAGGCGGCGGGAGACGCGAGCCCCGAGUCCUCCCCGGAGCGCGGCGGGGGCGGCGCGGGGCCUGAGCAGCCGCCGCCGCUGCCGCCCCCGGAGCCGGACGUCGAGCGGGACGCGGGCCCCGAGCAGGCCCAGACAAGCUACCGCGACCUGUGGAGCCUGCGCGCCUCGCUCGAGCUGCACGCGGCCACCUCGGACCACAGCAGCAGCGGCAACGACCGCGACUCGGUGCGCAGCGGCGACAGCUCGGGCUCGGGGGGCGCGGCGCCCGCCUUCCCGCCGCCCUCGCCGCCGCCGCCGCGGCCCAAGGACGGCGAGGCACGCCGGCUGCUGCAGAUGGACAGCGGCUACGCCAGCAUCGAGGGCCGCGGCGCGGGAGACGACGCCGGGGAGCCGCCCGCCGCGCCCGCCGCGCCACGCAGCCCGCGCGCCCGGCCCCGCCGCGCGCGCCGCGACUACAGCAUCGACGAGAAGACCGACGCGCUCUUCCACGAGUUCCUGCGCCACGACCCGCACUUCGACGACGCUCCGCCAGCUGCGCGCCACCGCGCACGCGCGCACGCACACGCACGCAAGCAGUGGCCGCAGCGCGGGCGGCAGCACAGCGAUCCCGGCGCGCGCGCGCCCGCCGGCCCCGCCCCCGGCGCGCCCCGCCCCCCGCGCGCGCCCCUGCGCCGAGGAGAGAGCGUCGACGGCGCCCCCGACGGCCGCGCGCUGGGCGGCGCGGGCGACGACCCCGCCAUCUCGGUCAUCGAGGAGGAGCCCGGCGGUGGGGGCUGCGCCGGCCCGGGCCUGGGCCUCGAGCCGCCCCCGGAGUCGCUGCUGGACAAGCUGGGGGCCGCCGGCCUCGACGAGAGACUCUUCCCGCCGCGCUUGACCCAGCCCGUCCCCGCGGCUGCCGCGCUGGCCGCCGCCGCCCCCACGUCCCCCGACCGCAGCCCGGCUUAAGCCCCGCGCCCAGCUCUCGGCGGCGGCGUCUCGGUCCCCACAGUCCUGACCCUCGAGCCUCCGGGCCCCUGGCCGUCGUGACGGGGGCAAAGGGACAGAGUCUAGCCUUCGGGCACCUCAGGACAGCGGGCUCUGGCCGGGGCCGGGCCGAGCGGGCGCUGGGCUCGAGGCCCUUUACCUCAUCGUGGCGGGUGCCCCCUCCGAGCAAUAACCGCCGGCGCCGCCGCCCGCCCGCCUCCCCCGCAUGCCGGCGGCCCCGUCCCCGCAGCCGGCCGCACCGUCCCGAGGAGCCGCUGGGACUCAUCAGUGUUUUGAGACGUGAACAAAACCCAAACGGCCAAGACUUCAAGUUUCCCAAGCUUUAUUUAUUGCCAAAAAAUGGGGCAGGCCUCGCCGCGGCCGAGUCGCCUGUCCCGCCCCUCCAAGCUUCGCGCCCAGUCUGCACCAUCCAGUGGUGGGGUUUCUUGUGAUUUUGUUUUCUGGUUAAUUAUAAAUAUUUACCGCAUA